AUGGGUGUGUCAAAAGAUAGGCAACGACAAUCUCUGGUGCAGGUGCCAAGCUUUGUGUAUUCUCAAACACAAACAGCGGUUAGGAGCUUCCCAAUUGAAGCUCCGAAAGAGAAGAUAAAGAUGUAUUCACCAGCCUUCUAUGCAGCAUGCACAGCCGGAGGCAUUUUGAGCUGUGGACUCACCCACAUGGCUGUCACCCCCCUCGAUCUCGUCAAGUGCAAUAUGCAGAUCGAUCCAGCAAAGUACAAGAAUAUCUCGUCUGGUUUUGGAAUUCUGCUAAAGGAGCAGGGAGUGAAAGGGUUCUUCCGGGGAUGGGUGCCAACGUUGCUUGGUUACAGUGCUCAGGGUGCCUGCAAGUUUGGAUUUUACGAAUUCUUCAAGAAGUACUAUUCUGAUAAGGUUGGAGCAGAGAAUGCAGUCAAGUACAAAACUUUCAUAUACCUUGCUGGCUCAGCAUCUGCAGAAGUGAUUGCGGAUAUUGCUCUCUGCCCCAUGGAGGCCGUCAAAGUUCGUGUCCAAACUCAACCUGGUUUUGCUCGGGGUUUGUCAGAUGGGCUUCCAAAGUUUGUCAAGUCUGAGGGACCUCUUGGGCUCUACAAAGGUCUGGUUCCUCUUUGGGGACGUCAGAUUCCAUAUACUAUGAUGAAAUUUGCUUCUUUCGAAACAAUUGUUGAGAUGCUAUACAAGUAUGCGAUCCCAAGGCCAAAAGAACAGUGUAGCAAAUCUCUGCAACUUGGAGUGAGCUUUGCCGGGGGGUAUGUGGCCGGCGUCCUUUGUGCGGUGGUCUCACACCCAGCUGACAAUCUUGUCUCUUUUCUAAACAACGCAAAGGGUGCAACUGCUGGGGAUGCUGUCAGGCAGCUAGGUUUAUGGGGUCUUUUCACUCGUGGCCUUCCACUUCGGAUUGUUAUGAUUGGAACUCUUACCGGGUCUCAAUGGGGAAUAUAUGACGCAUUCAAAGUUUUCGUUGGACUGCCAACAACAGGUGGGGCUACACCUGCUCCUGCAGCUAGCAAGUAAAGAUGUUAGACGGUUUGCAUCCCAUGUUUGCCAAAAAAAAUGCGGAUGGUUGUAGCACCAAGACUUGGACAUUAUUCUAAUUCUACUUAGGAUCAUAAAAAGUUGAGGUUUUUUGACGCCAAAGAAUCACUUCCUGUAGGAUAUGCUGCAUUCAUUUGCGACUUUUGCAUAUCUCCUUUCUCUUUUGUAUUGUGUUCCUAGAUACAGGCUUAAAGAUUAAAAGAGAAUAAAAUAAUAUACCACUUUUCAGAUGAUCAA